UUUGCCCCGCUGUUGUGCUGUCAAACAUUUUUUGUUUGCAACAGAACACAACUAAAGGAAUUUUAAUUAAGCGAUGUAUUUUUUGUUUAAAUGACAAGAGACCUGAAAAAUAAGACAACAAAUUAAAAACAGACAAAUAUAAUUGUUUAGAAUAUUAAUGCAAUUGUAAAUUUAAGCAGUUAAGUGCAAAAAGGCGCAAUUAUGGCAACACGACGGAGGCCACCAUUGACCCAGGAAAAUGAUGAUAGACGCCGCAGUAGUUUAGGUAAUAAACAAUCGACUAGUGGAGGUGCUGGAACAAAAACUCCCCUGAGAACACCCCAGAAGCAGCAGCAACAGACUCAGCCACCAGUACAGGAUGUGGAAAUGACAGAACAGCCCAUGGCGGGCGAUGCUUUGGAUGACGCCAAUAUGUCAGAUGAUGAAGAAGGUGGAACACGUAUUGGUGAUAUUUAUAUACCGCCACCUAUACCCCCAUACUGUUCCACAGAAAGCAAAGGGCCACGAUUGAUUAUUAAGAAAAUUGAAAAUUUCAAUUUUAAAAGUUAUGCAGGCAAAGUUGUGCUCGGACCAUUUCAUCAUUGCUUUACAGCCAUUAUUGGUCCUAACGGCAGCGGUAAGAGUAACGUUAUUGAUUCUAUGUUGUUUGUGUUUGGUUAUCGCGCCAAUAAAAUCCGCUGCAAGAAAAUCUCAACUUUACUCCAUAAUUCGGCCCGUUAUCCCAAUGUAAAUAUGUGUUCAGUGGCUGUACAUUUUCGCCAAAUACUGGACAAAGAAGAUGGCACCUGCGAAGAGAUACCUGAUAGUGAAAUUAUUGUGGAACGUACGGCAUAUCGUGACAAUUCGUCGUAUUACACCAUAAAUGGUAAAAGGAAACAAUUUAAGGAUGUGGCUAAAUUGCUGAAAAAACAUCAUGUUGACUUGGAUCACAAUCGGUUUCUGAUCUUACAGGGUGAGGUUGAAUCGAUUUCCAUGAUGAAACCCAAAGGUUUGGCCGAGGGUGAAUGUGGUAUGUUGGAAUAUCUAGAAGAUAUUGUGGGUACGACACGUUAUAAGGAGCCCUUAAUCAAGAUAAAUGAACGUGUUGAACUCUUGACCGAAGAACGUACAGAGAAACAUAAUCGCUGUAAGCUGGCCGAACGUGAAAUGAAAGACUUGGAACAACCCUAUAAUGAUGCCGUUGAAUAUCUACGUCAAGAAAAUGAAAAUACCCGUACAAAAAAUCUUCGUAUCCAAAAGUAUUUAAGUGAGAAGAAUAAGAAACUGGAAGAGUACACAAAACAUCACGAAGAGAUCAGCAAUGAACUGAAGGAACAUGACAAUCAAGUUGAUACAUUGCGCAAGGAGCGUGAGGAAAAGGAAGAUAUUAUUAAAAAGGAAAUGCAAAAUCAUGAUAAUCUGCGCAAGAAAAAGGAAGACAUUGAAAAGAAACUUGAAAAGGCCAAGGGAAAUUUCGCCGAAACCCAGGAAACCAUGACAGUGCUGAAUAAACGACGUCAUGCAAAUAAAAAUCAAGUGACCAAAAAUGAAAAAGAAUUAGAAGAUCUGCGUAAGGUACCGGAAAAAAAUGAAAAAGAAAUCGAAGAAUGCGAAAAGAAACUGGAACGUUUGGUUAAACAGAAGGCCGAACAAGAAGAAGAGCUACAACGCAACUACACUCUGUUGGAAGAACAAACCAAACCCUUGAUUGAGCAACGUGAAAAACUUGAAACCGAACUAAUGGAUUUAAAAUUAAAUGUUGAUGAAGCAAAGGCCGAUUUAGCCAUGUCUCAAUCUGAGUUGAAAAUCUUAAAAAGUGACGAAACUGCCGAGACCCGCAAAUAUGAGACCCUUAAAUCAUCCUAUGAAGAUUCGGAAAAAAGUCUUGCCGAAAAGAAAGAACAAGUGGUAGAGUUAAAUGCCCGUCUGCCUGAACUCAAAAAAGAUAUACAUGAAAAGACAUUGAAAUUGAAACAACUGCAACAAGAAGAACAACAACUGAGACAACAAGUUAUGACGAUCAAAGCUGAGAUAAAUGAAAAAGUUGUUAGUGUACAAGCCAUGCGUUCCAACAACAAAGUUUUGGACUUUUUAAUGCGCCAGAAAGCCGAAGGGAAAAUACCUGGUAUACUGGGACGUCUUGGAGAUUUGGGAGCAAUUGAUGCUAAAUACGAUGUAGCCAUCUCAACGGCCUGUGGUCGUUUAGAUAAUAUCCUCGUCGAUACGGUUAAUACGGCCCAAACCUGUAUUGAACACUUGAAACGUUAUGAUGUGGGCAGAGCCUCGUUUAUUGCUUUGGAAAAAGUGGAAUAUCUAGCAAAUCAAUCCGGUCCGAUUCAUACCCCCGAAAAUGUCUCACGCCUUUACGAUUUGGUACGUGUUGAAGAUGAACGAGUUCUGCCAGCUUUCUAUUUUGCACUACGUAAUACCCUGGUGUCCACAGACUUGGAGCAAGGUACACGUAUUGCCUAUGGCGCCAAACGUUUCCGCGUUGUCACCCUGAAUGGUGAUCUCAUUGAGACUUCAGGUACAAUGUCCGGUGGUGGUCGUACACAGAUUCGCGGUAAAAUGGGUACAAAAGUUCGAACCAAUACGCGACAAUCAUUAGAUAACUCUGGAGUGUCGCAGAAAGAUUUGGAAGCAAUGCAAAUAAAAUGUGAAGAAUUAUCAUCACAAAUCAACUACAAUCAAGAGGAACAAGGUCGGCUGGAACGUGAAGUUCAGCAAUUGAAUGUAACACAUCAACGCACUGAAGGUGAUUUACAAAAAAUAUCGAUUACCAUAAAAAGUUUGGAGGAUCAAUUGCCACGUAUCUUCAAACAACUGGAGGCUCAAAAGAAACGUAUGGAUCAAACGCUCACCGAUGCCUCCAAAGUUGAGGAUAUCCAAGAGGUAAUUAAACAGAAAACCGCUACCCUUAAAUCCGCCGAAGAAGAAGCCGGUAAGAUGGAGAAGAAAAUUGCCGAAAUUAAAAAGAAAAUCGACAGCAUCCAUGGUGAUACCAUUAAGGCCGUUCAAACUAAAAUCAACAGCAUAGAUAAUCAAAUCAAAAAGCUAAAGGGAAAUGUAUCGAAAUUGAAGGUUGAAGUUACAAAUGUUGAGCGUAAUGUGAAGAAAAUGGAAUCUCAAAUUGAACGUUUAAAUGGGGAAAUUGAAAAGUCUCAAGAUGAGCUGAAACAAUUGUCCGAAAAGCGCACAGCAUUUGACGAAGAAAUUUGUGCACUGCAAAAAGAACUUGAGGAGGCUAAGGAGGCUAUCGAUAAAGCGAAAUCGGAGUCAUCGGGUGUACACAAGGAAAUUUUGGCCAUACAAAAAACCGAAAGUGACCUCAAACUGAAACGUGUGGAAAUUGAACAGAAACUACAAACAGUGGCAGCCAAAAUGUCUGAAGUUAAAUCUCAAAUUCCACAUUGGCGGGAUCAAUUGAAGCCCUUACGUUUACACGAAAUACCAGGGGACACUGAACCGCCUGCUCCGUUGAAAAAAUACACCGAAGAAGAGUUGGCCACUCACACAUUACAAGACAUCCAAUACAAGGAGAGUGUUCAAGAGGAAUUGCUAAAAAAGAAACCCAAUCUGUCUUGCAUUCAAGAAUACAUAGAAAAACGUGAUGUGUAUUUGGAGCGAGUAAAAAUCCUAGAAGACAUUACCUGCAAACGUAAUGAAAUGCGUCAGCUGUACGAUGAUGUGCGUAAGAAACGUUACAACGAAUUUAUGUCCGGUUUUCAUAUCAUUACACGCAAGCUAAAGGAAAUGUACCAAAUGAUUACACAGGGUGGUGAUGCCGAACUCGAAUUGGUGGACUCCAUGGAUCCAUUUACCGAAGGUGUUUCAUUCAGUGUACGGCCACCGAAAAAGACCUGGAAAAACAUAUCGAAUUUGUCGGGUGGUGAAAAGACUCUUUCCUCUUUGGCAUUGGUAUUUGCUUUGCAUUAUUACAAACCAUCGCCGCUGUAUUUUAUGGAUGAAAUCGAUGCUGCCUUAGAUUUUAAAAACAUAUCCAUUGUGGCCCAUUACAUUAAGGAGCGUACCAAAAAUGCUCAAUUCAUCAUCAUUUCACUGAGAUCGAAUAUGUUUGAGUUAUCCGAUUAUUUAGUUGGUAUUUAUAAGGUCAAGGAUUGUACCGAUUCGGUGUGUAUACAAAAUGAGCCGCCAAAAAUGCCCGAAAUACAACAGACACAAAUGACACAGCAAACACAAUUCCAACCGGCUCAUUUAAUGCAAUCAAUUGUGACCAGUGCAGAUAACACACUGGUGGGCAGCAGCACGCAGCCGCAACCGGCCAAUGCUUUAAAUCAAACAAAUCCGCCACCUACGCCCAUGGAUAGCAAAGAACCGCCAUCAGUAUUAGCUGGGAAAUCUGUAAGUCUGGAUGAUUCCAUUGAUGAGCCGCCACCACCUGCCACAUCAUCAGCAACGACGGCUGUUGACAAUGAUGAAAACUUUCGACCACGUUCCACAUUUGCGGCAAGUCAAAAUAUGACUUUUCUACCCCAAAUAGAAAGUACGGCCCUCUCCGCCACUCAACUGGAUAUAACACAAAGUCAAACGAUUGGCACUCCCAAUAGGAGUUCCCAGUUCAAGCAGCCCGCCCCCGUUACUCACGAACAAACGCCGCCUACCUCUAAUUGAUACCUAAUGUUUUCUUGUCCCGUGGAACGGGAUAAAUGUUCAUUGUUUCUUCUUUUUCAUCAUUUUCUGUUUCGUUUAUUUCACCAAUUGUACGAUUGCCAUGCAUCCAUAUGUAUUUGCAUUUUUUUAACUAGCCUAUAAAAUAAAAAUAUACUAACAAUAAAAUAA